AACUAACAAUGUUUUAGAUGAUGAAGAAGAAAUUUCGCUGUAGAUUGCUGAUAAUAAAAAUUUCGUUUAUUGUUAUUGUCUCAAUAACUCUUCCGUUUGCUUGCCGGAAUGACGUACGAGAUGAAUUGAAGAAAUAUUGCAUCAAUGACCGCCUCCGUAUGAUUAUAAAUAAACAUAAUGGAGUGAAAGAAGACCUACCAUAUAAUUCGAUUCCAGUAAUUAAAACGGGGUUAAACAGUAAAUAUGAUUUCGAACGCGAACUAGAAUUCGACCGGAAAGAUCGCUUUGAGAGAAGAAAAGAAGAGAUGUUGUUUAAGUUAGAAAGAAGGAAAGCACACGUAUAUGACAGGAGUAUAGAUAUUGAUGAACCUCUUCCUGCCAUCGAAGAGGAAAUUAAAAAGAUGCAGAGCUACUAUAACAUGUCCAAAAGCAAACUCACGGUUUUGAACUCAAAGUUUUUAAUUGAAAAUAAAUCAGUGUGUUCAGAAGUGCCCGAACUGAUUGUAUUGAUUCCAUCAAUUCCAUCAAACGGAUAUAUUCGUACCGCGAUAAGGUCAACUUACGGAUUAAUUGCACGUUACACCCCUUCAGACUUACAGCGAUUCGGAAUGCAACAUCCGGUACAAAUCGCGUUCCUUCUUGGCAGGAGUCCAAACCAAUCGGUUGAUUAUGACGUCAGAAAAGAGCAGAGGAAACACAGCGAUAUUGUGCAGGCGGAUUUCAUAGAUUCCUACUACAACCUUACUCUUAAGGUUUUAUAUGGUCUUAAGUGGGUAAACACAUAUUGCCAAGGAGUUAGAUAUGUACUAAAAGCAGAUGAAGACGUAUUUGUUAAUAUACAAUUGCUUUUGGCAGAGUUAAGAACUUAUCGCGUAUCAACAAAAGGGUCUGUUUUUGGAUUCAUCCACUCAUCGUACUAUGGCCUGAAAGUGUUAAAAACUGGAAAAUGGGGUGUAAAUGAAUCGGAGUACCCUUUGCGAAGAUAUCCGCCUUAUGCACAAGGAACGUCAUACACAAUAACAGGGAACUUGGUGCCAAAAAUAGUUGAAAUAGCCCAGCAUUUGCCGUAUUUGCACAUUGAAGACGCUUUUAUCACGGGUAUUAUUGCAGGGAAAAUACUCGGUGCAAAUCUCGAACGAAUUAACGGAAAUUCGUUCUGGACCGAGGAGGCUCCAGAUCCGUGCGAGUUUGUGAAAACAGAACGUGUUUCUCAGACGAAUAUGAAACCAUCUUCAAUGUACAAGACAUGGCAAGCUUUAUUGUCGCCAGAUACCUUGUGCGCUAAUUCAACGUAUCGCCCUAGAACACAUCGAUAUAACUGGAAUAAAGCACCGUCUUGAUAUUAUUUAACUGAAACUGAUUAAAUAUAUUGAUUAAAUACAUGUACGUGUUUCAAUUUGACAUUAAUUACAUUAAUUACAUUGUUUUCGUCUAUGCAAAGGGCAUGCAAGAUGUUUUUUCGUUUAUGCAAGGGACGCGAGAUGUUUUAUCGUCGAUGUAAGAAGGGCGUGAGAGAUGUUUUUCGUCGAUGCAAGGAGGGCGUGAGAAAUGUUGUUUUGUCGAUGCAAGGGACGUGAGAGAUGUUUUUUUCGUCGAUGCAAGGCGAUGAGAGAUGUUUUUAGUCGAUGCAAGAGGCGUGAGAGAUGUUUUUUCGUCGAUGCAAAGAGGGCGUGAGAGAUGUUUUAUUGUCGGUGCAAGGGACGUGAGAGAUGUUUUAUUGUCGGUGCAAGGGCGUGAGAGAUGUUUUAUUGUCGUUGCAAGGGGCGUGAGAGAUGUUUAAUUGUCGGCGCAAGGGACGUGAGAGAUGUUUUUUUCGUCGAUGCAAGGAGGGCGUGAGAGAUAUUUUCUUGGCGGUGCAAGGGGCGUGAAAGAUGUUUUUCGUCGAUGCAAGGCGGUGAGAUAUGUUUUUAGUCGAUGCAAGAGGCGUGAGAGAUGUUUUUUCGUCGAUGCAAAGAUGGCGUGAGAGAUGUUUUAUUGUCUGUGUAAGGGACGUGAGAGAUGUUUUAUUGUUGGUGCAAGGGCGUGAGAGAUGUUUUAUUGUCGGUGCAAGGGGCGUGAGAGAUGUUUAAUUGUCAGUGCAAGGGACGUGAGAGAUGUUUUAUUGUCGGUGCAAGGGACGUGAGAGAUGUUUUAUUUUCGUCGAUGCAAGGAGGGCGUGAGAGAUGUUUUAUUGUCGGUGCAAGGGACGUGAGAGAUUUUUUUUUCGUCGAUGCAAGAGGGUGAGAGAUGUUUUUCGUCAAUGCAAGGAGGGCGUGAGAGAUGUUUUAUUGUCGGUGCAAGGGACGUGAGAGAUAUUUUUCGUCGAUGCAAGGGACGUGAGAGAUGUUUUUACGUCGAUGCAAGGGACGUGAGAGAUGUUUUUUUUGUUGACGCAAGGGACGUGAGAGA